GUGUGUUUGUAACAUCAGUCAGACUGUUCACCUGGACCUGCUAACAUGCUCCGCUUCAGCCUCAGCAGCACUCUGUUGCUGGCAGCAACCUGUUUGCUCACAGCAGCAGGCUUUUCUAGAGCUCAGUCCCUCCCGCCAUACACUGCUGUGUCCACAGAGAGAGUCACCACCUGUGAUGACCGGAACAACGUCCAGCACCUGAGCUGUGGUUCAGACUACAGCGUGAUCAGUGUGCAGAAAGUUUUGUAUGGACGAGCAGACAAGGUGACCUGCAGUGAAGGCAGACCUGCAAACCAGCUUAGUGAUACAAAUUGCUCCCAGUUCGGCACUCUGCAGGUCAUCAAACAAAGAUGUGAUGGCAAGAAGGAUUGUGAAAUAAACACAAAUGUGGUUCAUACCGGUGAUCCCUGCUAUGGCACCUAUAAAUACCUGGAUGUCACUUUUACCUGCUUGCCACCAGUCCGCGCCAUUGCAUGUGAGCACUCUAUGGCACAUCUGCAGUGUGAUGAAGGGAAGGUCUUAUUUAUCUAUGGAGCUGAUUAUGGACGCCGUGAUAAGAACACAUGUGCUUUAGUAUCCGCCUUUUGGCGCCGAAAUCACCACUGUUCUAGACCCACAAGCAAAGUUGCUGAAAGCUGUAAUGGGAAAAGAAGCUGUAAAGUCAAAGUCAGCAACUCAGUGUUUGGAGAACCCUGUCGAGGCACCUUCAAGUAUCUGGAGGUGGCUUAUAGAUGUCAAUGCCUGGUGGCGAUGUACUUACUGAGGAACAGCUACCAUUGUCUGAGUGUGAAAAAUAAAGCUGCUAUCAACCAAAUCAGGAUAAACUGUGGCAAAGUGGUAGGAGUCACCCAGGCAACACUGUCUGAAAUGUUCCAGUCCCAAACCCUGCAGAAAGCCCAGUCUAUUCUUCUGGAUGACACUCACCCACUUUACACAGAAUCCCAAACCCUUCCCUCAGGUUCCCGUUUUAGGAGCCGACUGUACAAACGGGAAGGACCUGGAAUCGACAUUGUCUCAGCAGAUGGAGAAUCAGACUGUUCACCUGGACCUGCUAACAUGCUCCGCUUCAGCCUCAGCAGCACUCUGUUGCUGGCAGCAACCUGUUUGCUCACAGCAGCAGUUACAUCCACAGAGGGAGCUAUCACCUGUAGCAACAAGUCCAAUGACAAACACAGCUGCGUCCGCGCCAUUGCAUGUGAGCACUCUAUGGUGUAUCUGCACUGUGAUGAAGGGAAGGUGAUAAAUAUCCUUGGAGCUGAUUAUGGACGCCGUGAUAAAACCACAUGCUCUUUCGAACGACCCGCAUCUGAGGUCCAAAACGUCCACUGUUCAAGGCCCACAAGCAGUCAAGUUGCUGGAAGCUGUAAUGGGAAAAGAAGCUGUAGAGCCUUUGCCAGCAACUCAGUGUUUGGAGACCCCUGUUACAGCACCUACAAGUAUCUGGAGGUGGCUUAUAGAUGUCAAUAGUCUUCCUCCAAAUAAUCGACAUCAAUAAGACAUCUCAUCAUACAUGCUGGGAACAACCUGCAUUCAGUUUGUGAUGAAACAGAAGUCAUGAAGAAGACUCUUCUUCCAAGUACACCAUGUGGCCCAAAGUGUGUUGACA